UCCUGCGUUCCAGCGAUCCACGAAGAAAAUAACGCCAUUCCAGUGCACCGAAGAAGGAGAGACCACACCAAGCAGAAACGACUCGCGUAGUACAGCAGGCGGAUGAUGGACAGCGCGUGGGAUACAUCCGGCGUCGACCAGUCGACCCUCGAAGUGUCGACCCUGACCGGUUCUUCGAGCGGUGACGAAGAUGAAACGGAUUCCAGCGCCACUCUCGUCGCCGUUGUGUGCUGCGUCCUGGCGUGCAUCAUCGCCAUAGCAAUCGUGCUACUCCUAUUUGGAGGGCUGGAACUCUUCGACGAUGACUCAGGUGACGACGAUGACGUGACAUAUAAGAUGAGAUACCCGCCCGUUGUCCGUUCCCCGCCACGGCCAGUGGUUACUGAUCACCCCACAACGAAAGCGCCACCAUCGCCACCGGUGACCGCUCGCGCUACACGGACCAGGUCACCCCCUACAGCGCCAAGACCGGUAACAACGAGGCCGUCUCCUAUUACACGUACUAAGCCUACUACUACACCCGUCACCACGACUACGGUGAAAAAAGAGACCCCGCGACGUCCGCGACGUCCGCCACCUCCGCCACCUAAACGCCCUCCACCACCUCCUCCUCCGCCUCCUCGGCCUCCUGCGAGAACUAAACGCCAUCCACCAUCUACUCCUCCGCCUCCUCCGCCUCCUGCGACAACUAAACGCCGUCCACCACCUCCUCCGCCUCCUGUGACAACUAAACGCCGUCCACCACCUCAUCCGACAGCUAAACGCCUUCCGCCACCUCCUCCUCCGCCUCCUGUGACAACUAAACGCCGUCCACCACCGCCUCCUCCGCCUACUCCGCUACCUAAACGCCCUCCACCGCCUCCUCCGACAACUAGACGCCCUCCACCACCUCCUUCUCCGCCUCCUCCGACAACUAAACGCCAUCCACCACCUCCUCCGGCAACUAAACGCCGUCCACCACCUCCUCCUCCGCCUCCUCCGCCUCCUCCGACAACUAAACGCCAUCCACCACCUCCUCCGGCAACUAAACGCCGUCCACCACCUCCUCCUCCGCCUCCUCCUUCUCCUCCGACAACUAGACGCCCUCCGACAACUAGACGCCCUCCGCCACCUCCUCCGACAACUAAACGCCCUCCACCACCUCCUCCGGCAACUAAACGCCGUCCACCACCUCCUCCUCCGCCUCCUCCUUCUCCUCCGACAACUAGACGCCCUCCGCCACCUCCUCCGACAACUAAACGCCCUCCACCACCUCCUCCUCCGCCUCCGACAACUAAAAGUCCUCCACCACCUCUUCCUCCGCCACCUACAACAACUAAACGCCCUCCACCACCUCCUCCUCCGCCACCUACAACAACUAAACGCCCUCCACCACCUCCUCCUCCGCCACCUACAACAACUAAACGUCCUCUACCGCCACCUCCUCCUCCGACAACUAAACGCCCUGCACCACCACCUCCGCCACCUCCUCCUCCUCCGCCAACUCGGCGAGCUCGGCCUACUACGCGACCUCCGCUCCCAAAGUCAUUCAUAAAACCUAUUUCGCUUCUGUGCACCAUCGGUAACCGGUCAAGCAAAGGCACCACUUAUCCGGAGGAUGGUUUGUGCGACUAUGUCGUCUUCGACUCGAUGUUCAAGAAUGGUCGCAACCUGCUUCAGGGCGCCUGGGGCGAGGACUUACACACCUUCCUUGAGAGAGCGAGACGUACCGACAUCGACAAGUCGCAGUACGGUUUGGGCCUCAGCUUCGAUCAUCGCAACGAAUUCAAACGCUAUUUUACGGGAAACGACCUAACACUUUACUUGCAGUGCAACGUGUUUCACUACGGCGUAAUCGACUGUCCCACGCACGGCGUGACUAAGGCACAAAUGGACGAGGUGUUCGAGGGACUCAUGGCGAUCAAACGCGUCACAAGUGGUGCGGUAGCCACCACGACCGUCAUCCUGGCCGCGCUGUCCGCCACUAGCGAGUGGAACGACUACUUCAAAGCCAAGUUCAAGAACACCUUCCAGCCGGACCUGUUCAUCUCGCUGGGCCACCAGCUGCGCGCCGAUCCGGAGAAGAGCCGGUGCAUCGCCACGCCACCAGCCAUACUGGAGAAGCCGACGGGGUUUCCGGACGAACACGACUUGCACGACGCCGCGCGAGCCCUGGCGGCCAUCGCUUCGCUGCCUCGCGGCCCACGGAUCUCCAUCUCCGUCUCGAUGAAGGGUCGCUGGUCCAGGCUGAAGCCGAACGUCAAACCCGAGGUCUUCGCGCCCUGCGUCACGAGCAGCCAGGGGCCCUUCUACGACGCCUACUGCGAUGUGGUCACAGGACCGCCCUACUCGGACAACCUGUUGCACGAGGCGCAGCACUACGCCAUGCGCGCCUACGACCCGGUGGCGCGGCGCAUGUUCGUGUACGACAACGAGCAGACCCUGUGCAAGAAGCUCUGCCUCAUCAAGGCCAACUACAGCAAGCUGAAGUUCGGCGUGGCCCUCUACGACCUGGACUACGAGGACGACGACGACACCUGCUCGUCGAUCAACCCUCACGGAGACUACAGCCGCACCAGGGUGGUGAGCACAGUGCAGAGGUAUUUAGACAGCGAGUUCACCGAUCCGUCCAAGGAGGCCGAGUGUUCCCAGCUGUGGCGAUGAGCAGUUUGAGACCGUGACUGCAGUAUUUAAUGACCGACGUUGGCGUGCCGGUCAUUGAACAGCUUACUCAUCUUGGCCGGGGUUAUUUGACCGACGCGGCUACGAAUCGAGCCGCUUCCGAUGCGAUUGACAAGUGCCGGCUCCUGGUGGCUUUUGCUUGUUUUCGUUCUCUUUUUUUUUCAUUUUCCCGUGUGUUCUGUGCAACGAAUGUAAAGAGAUCUUAACAGUAAAGGGCGUGUUUUCA